CCCGGGAGGUUGGGGGAGACACGGAGACAUCGCGGGGAGACACCGCGGGGAGACACGGGGACACCGCAGGGAGACACGGGAGACACGGGGAGACACCGCGGGGAGACACGGGGACACCGCAGGGAGACACGGGAGACACGGGGAGACACCGCGGGGAGACACGGGGAGACAGGGAGACACCGCGGGGAGACACGGGGACACCGCAGGGAGACACGGGAGACACGAGGAGACACCGCGGGGAGACACGGGGAGACAGGGAGACACCGCGGGGAGACACGGGGAGACACGGGGACAUCACAGGGAGACACCACAGGGAGACACGGGGAGACACGGAGACACCGCAGGGAGACACAGGGGGACACCGCAGGGAGACACGGGGUUUGUGGGCUGGGCGUGUUACGGAGCGAGACGGGGAGACGGGUAAUCGUCCACGCCGGAGACGCGGGUUCACUCACGGGACACGGGGUGGAGCAGGAGGUGACUUGGCGCUCCUGGCAUCACCCUAAACUCCUCCUCCUCAUCCUCCUCCACCACCACCUCCACCUGCACCUGCAGGGAUCUCCCACUCGUGAGGAGCUCGCGGGUGGGAGAAGGCAGCCCGCUGAGACGAGGCUGAGGAGGGCUGAGGUUGAGCAAGCUGCAGGAGCCGUGCGACAGGGAGGUGGAGGAGGUUGAGGAGGAGUUGGAGUGAGUUGAGGAGGAGGAGGUAGCGAGGAGGGGGUGCUUGAGGAGGUUGCGAACGCGAAACGUUGAGCGAGCUCAGGAGGAGGUCGCGGGAGAAGGAGGGAGAUUGACGAGGGGAGUGGGGGGGGUUGAGGAGCAGCCCCGGGGGGGUUGUUGAGGAGGGUUGAGACGACGGCAAGAGGCUGAUGUAGCCGAGAAGCUGGAGUCAACGUCUUGAGGCGUUGGAGGUUGAGGAAGCUGGGGGAGGAGAGGCCGACGAGGUUGAGGAGGAGGCUGACGAGGCCGACGAGGUUGAGGAGGAGGCCGACGAGGUUGAGGAGGAGGAGGCCGCCGGGCAUGGAGGGCCGUGCGGGCUGGUGUGGCCGUGCCCGUGGCUGCUGCUCCGCGAGCCCCGAGGCGGCCGAGAGGCGCAUCGUGGAGGCCCUCCUCGCCUGCAGCGGGGGGGCCGCGGGCGACGAGGAGCAGGAGGAGGACGAGGAGGAGGAGGCGGCGGCGAGGGCGAGGGGAGCCUGGGCUGAAGAGGUUCACGGCUGGCGCCGCUCCGCUCCCUACUCCCUGCCGACUCCGAACUCCGCGCGUCGCCGCGGCGCCACCGGCCCGUCCACUGCGCCCGCCCGUGGGUCCGCCGCGACCUUCCGACAUGGCACUCCGGGCCGGCCAGCGGCCGCUCGGCGAGCGGCCCGGGAGAGUGGCGGCCCGGGAGCGGCGCGGGAGACCUGGGACUUGGCCGCAGAGCCGGGGGCCCGGCUCGCGACGCUUCAGCAGACCGCGUGGGGCAGAUGGACGGGGGAUAAGUGGACAACACGGAUGGUCCACAGCGAGGGUUCGUCUCCACGGGGCUGCUACCCUGAUCCCAAUGAGCAGGAUGAGGAGGAGAAGGAUGGUGAGCAGGAUGAGGAGGAGGAGCAUGAGGAGGUGGAGGCACGAGGGGAGGUGGAGGAGCUCUGCUCGGCCGCGUCUCGGCUGCACGUGGCCCCGCGCGCUCUCGUCAGGGACGAGGACUGCGCCACGUCGACCGAUGAGCGGAAUGAGGAUGGGCGAGGUGCGCACCACGGCCCCGUGCCGGAAUCCGGCUCCAAAGCUGGCACAGCCCAUGACAGCGACCAGGGGCCCGACUUGCCACCGUCGUUCAGCCUCUACUCCGUCUUGCCGCCGGUGAGGAGCGAGGCUCGCGGCUCUCUGGCCAAUCCGGCGUCGGGGCUCUCCGACCCAUGGCGGCACCUGGACGCGGACGUGCUCAAGAUUGACAAUUGCCGGCGUGUCGAGUCGGCACCGGCCGGGAGGGGGAGCGGCGGAUUGAACUACGAGCCGCGCGGCCGCCGACGCUGGUGGAGCUCCAGGCAGCCCGCGGCAGGGAGGGCGGCCAGGAGGGCGACGGGAUCGCGCGCUCACGAGCGAGCGGCCAGGGUGCGAUGCGGGGUCGGGACUGCCGGCAGGAGGGGCGGACGAACGGGAAAGGAUGUGGCGCAAAGGUCGGGUUCCGGCGGCGGGAGCGGUGGCGACGGUGGCGACGCGGAGAGCGUGGGGAACGCGCGGCGAGAGGGUUUUGAAACUCGGGAUGAGCACAGGGCCGGGGGGCGCCUGCCGCUAGUGCAGGGAUGCAAGGUCCGUAUCCCCAUGGUACCACACACACUGCUCUUGUGACUAAGACCAACAGAGUGAAAAAACAGCCGCUGUAUCAUCAUCGUCACCGCCACCAUCGUCAUCAUCUCAUCAUAAAAUGCUCCCUGGGACCUGGAUGCGUCUGAGCCAUGGUAUGGAUCCCCACGUGGGACUUUCAACUAAAACCACGGUUGAGAGAUGUUUAUCGGACGGUGUUAAAGUGCACCGAGUGCAAUCGAGGGACACGUGUUUACAGCGAGCCACUGCUCGACGCUUACCGAAAAAAAUACCCGCGGGCACACUCAGCUUACACGCGGGCGGGUGCGACGACCUCACUGCCACGCCGACUCGCCUUUCAUCGCUCCGGACUCAUUAGCGCGUGCGGCUCCAUUGACUGGGGUCAUUAAUCACGGCGGCGAGAGAUCACGGGUCGCGGGAUGUGGGUGUUGGCUUACGGUGGGCGUCGAGGUGAAGGGAGGGGGGGGGCAUUACGAUGUUCGCAGCUUGUAAGACGCAAAACACACCGCUGAGAUGCGUAACGCUACGUGAGGUUCACCCAACUGACCACCGCGGGCCCCCUCCCACUCUCACGCAAAGUUUGUGGUAUUCGUACCACAGCACCAUUGUGUAACCCCCCCCCCCUACCAAGGAAUAUUGGAAUAUUCGCUCCCGCCAGCGGACGUUUGUUGCCUUCAAAGAGGGCCGAGUGUUAAGGUCAGCUUAAGCGAUAUAAGCUGAGAAAAAAAACCCAGCUACAUUGGCGAGGGCACAGUUAGGGCCAGAUCGUAUGAAAAUGUUAAAUGCUACUGAAAAAGUGCUAACUUUAUAGAAAUGCUGUAAAAAACGUGGCCUUAAAAAACAAGGUUUUACUUUGAAAUACACGCGAUUCCUUGUCUACAAAACCAAAUAAGGGGGAUAAAAAUAUUGGGAAGCGGAAAUAAUACUUUGUCCGCAACUUGUAAUGCUGGAUGGUCCUGGAGUGUCGAUGCGGCGGUUCACGCAUUGCACUGAACCCCGCGACCUCGAGUCAAUUCCCAGCCACGGUGGCGAGUGACAUCUGAACAGGUCCUGGGUUUCCUCCUCCUUCACCAACCUGCUCUUUCCAUCGUGGUGAAGUAUGGUCAAAUUACCGCCAUUACCGAGAAGGCGUGGGGAGGCAUUCAGCAAUGGAUUGAAUAGGGCUGUGCAAUGACCUACUCCUUUCUACAGAACACAGAGCGGCAGAGCGAUGGUGCAGUGGUCACACUUGUGUCAAAGCAAUAAGGGCCUGGGUUCGAUUCCCGCCUCGACAGCCUUUCAUUGCGAAGUUCAAUUUAUUUUCCUCCUGUUCUGCGUGGAUUUCCUCCAGGUUCCCCAGUUUCCUCCCAUAGUUUAAAAACAAAACAUCAAAACCCCAUACAAUGCAAUCUUAAUUUUAGAACUUUCGUGACUGCAGUAAAUGAUUAUUUGGUUCUUUCGGUUAAGUCACGUCUAAAGAUAAAAUAAUAAAUUAAAUUAAAUAAUAGCAUACGACGUUUCGAUUGCAACACAAGCAAUCAUCAUCAGGUAUAAUGAAAUAGCGACAUAAAAUCUAACCAGAAAACUAUACAGACAUAUUAGCAGACAGAUAUCACCAAGAUACAUAGAGGGAGCAACACAGGAACCAGAGAGGGGUGAUCAUCUCUGUGGGGUGGCCUUACAAUAUACAAUGCAACCGGUGUUGAUGAAAACUUAAAUGCUGCAAAAUUACCAGACAAUGAUUCAAUCGAGAUGACACGCACACAUCUGGUCGGCGUUGGGUGCUUGCAAGUCGUUGGCGCUAAAGCACCCGGCAGGGGCCGCUUGUCAUUAUUCAUGGCCACGGGCGAUUAAUCUCAACUGCCGGCACUCGGCGACGAUGUGUAAUGUCCCCCCCCCCCCCCCCACCUGUAAGGUGACAUGCGUCUUUAAAAUAUACAGACGCCACGGGAGUGGUCGCGCUGGGGUCGAGCAGAGGA